AUGGUUCAUUGGAGUGAUACAUUUUGGGGAGAAGGAAAUCGAGGUUAUGAAGUGUUAUCAACAAAUGUAAAAAAUGGUGGCAUAGCAAUUGAAGAAUUUCAACGAUUUCUCAAUGAAAAUUUACAAUAUGAAUCAGUAUAUUGUAAAAAUCUAUCUCGUUUACAAGCGCAACUAUUAAAAGUUCAACAUGUCGGUACAUUUACACCAAUAUGGCAUUCUAUAAGAGAAUUAUUAGAAAAAAUCGCUUUAGCACAUUCAACAACAGUUACACAUUAUCAAGAUCUUUUGCGUGAGAUACAUAAUUAUCAUGAUUCAUAUCUAAAAAAAGUUAAAACAUCAAUACAAAAAGAUCCUGAUAUAGCGCGUACUGCUGAACUCAUAUCGCAAUUAAAUAAUGCUUUAAAUACAGUAAAUAAAGCCAAAGAACAAUAUCAUACCAUUGGAUUAGAUUAUGAACGUACUAAACGUUCAGGAAGUAAUUUAACCAAUGGUUCAUCAACACCCAUACCACAAGAUAAUAGCACAUCAAGCAGUAUUGCACAAACAGCAUUAAAUACAUUAACAUCGUCAUCAAGGCAAAUUGAACGUUUAGAAAAAAAAUUUCGUCAAUCACAUGAUGAAUAUAAAGCAUCAAUAGAAAAAUAUAAUUUAUUAAGAAAUGAUUUUGAAAAACGUUUUUAUGAUGCUUGUACGAAGUUUCAAGAUUUUGAAGGUGAACAUGUUGAGAAAAUGCUUAUAUUUUCAAUUAAUUAUUCUGAAAUACUCAAACGUAGUAAUGAACAAACAGGUUUAGCACAAAAUGAAUUCGGUGAAAAAAUUAAACAAUUUACUGGUGCUGAUCUUGUUGAAACAUUUGUCGAACAGAAAAAAACAGGUGUAGAAAGACCGGUUCCUGUACAAUUUGAAGAAAUUGAUAACAUUAAAACAUCAUUGAAUCUAACAAAUUCUACAAAUCUUCCUUCGUCAAUUACACCUGAUUUAUCAGGUUGUCCUUCGGAUGAAUUAAUUAUAUUUGACCAACCAGAAGCAAAUUUAUCAUCGUUUCAAGCACAUUUUCCGGUGUCUUCGCCUAGUAAUUCAGCUGGAUGGCUAUCAACAACUAAUAUGAAAAAAAGUGAUAGCAAUCGAGUUCAUCAUCAUCAUUAUAAUUUUCUACAUGCAUUGGCAUCAAGCUCUUCCAUCGGUCAUCAAUAUUCUUCAAAUAACAAUCAAACAAUGUCUCCAAUAUUUAAUGCAACACCAAUGAGUCUUAGUAAUCCAAAUAAUCCAUUAGCUCGUUUACAAGAAAAUACCAAUGAACAAGCAUCAAAUCCAUUUGAUGUAAAAAUACGACGACCAGCAUUUAAAGGUUUUUGGCCAUCAAACCGAAAGGAAAGAAAAGAGAAAAAAACAGAUAAGAAAUCAUCAAAUAAUUCUAAACCAAGUAAAAUCGCUCAAGUGCAACACCAACAUGAUGAAACAAGUUCAGUUAAUUCACAAAAUUCAGCGUUUGAAACAAAUGAUUUUAAUAAAAUGAUGGGUAGUAUGGAUGGUCUUGAUCAAAUAUCAUUAAAUAGAACGAUAAACAAAUGUCCAACACCGGAACCAUACACUCAAUCAAGUCCAACUAUUCCCAAUAGUGGUAUCAAUCGUCCGGUGUGUCAAAGUACAAUACCAUUUUCGACGUCUACUAUGCGUAAAUCUACCAGCUCAAGUGGUUCGAGUGAUGAUGAUGAUGACGAUGAUGAUUUUCUAAGAACAAAAAUAAAAUUUAAAAUAAAUCCAACAGCACAAAAAAUACCUAUAACAGAAGAAAACGAUGAAACAGAUAUCAUGAAUGCUAUGCGUCGUGUGGAUAAAACUAUUGGACAUUUUGCAACAUAUUCACGAGCAGCAGGAAGAAGAGUUCCAGAUCUGAGUAAAUCCAUAUCCAGUGGACAAAUUGGUGCCAGACCACUACCACCGCCACCACCACCUCCAGCACGUCCUACAACAAUGUUGUCAACAAGUAUCACAACAGACAGUCUUGGUCAAUCAUCGGGUUUGCCAUUAUUGACACCACGUGCAUCAUUAACAAAUACAUAUGAUGUAUUUGAAACACGUUCGAAAUCAAUGAGUGUUUCGAAUCAUCAAGAAAAUAUACCACCUGUUCCAGCUCAUCCAAGAUCAAUGACUCUGGAUACAGAAAAUAAACCAACAGCAUCUAUAUCAUCGACGGAGGACGAUACUGAAGUAGCAAAUUCAUUUCCUAUUGACAGUCCAACAAGUAAAACAGCACCAUUUGCAGUUCCAAGGCCGCCUCGAACUCGUCAAUCACUUUAUAAUCACUUUUCUUCUUUUCAUCAUUCAUCUGAAAAUAACCUAUCUAUUAUUCAAACACAUGAAUAUGAAAUUAACGUCAAAAAAUCAAAAUCAGAUUUAAUUAAUUUGAAACCUAAUAAUCCCACAUGUCAAGAAAAAUAUUCAUCAAAGAGAACCCUUCAAAUCCGAUUGUCAAUUAUUGCAUGCAUUCGUUCCAUUUGGAAAAGCUCAACAAAACAAACGCCAAUAGUUUUUCGAAAAAUUCAUCCACUAUCAACUAGACAUAAAACACCAAUAGCAGCAAAAACAAGUUUUGGUUUUUCAACAAAUCAAACUCAAGAAAUGCUAACAAAUAAUUUAAUGAAACAUCCAUCAAUUUAUUCAUUUCAUACAGCUCGUGAAAGUUUAUCUAGUCUAUCAUUGAAUUAUACAGAAUCGCUUCAUUCAUUAAAUAAUAUUUCAAUGAACAGUAUUACUCUUAACAUAGCUAAUCAUGAUUCAUCGGAAAUUCUUCCUCGUCUUAUACCUCCGCCGAAUAUAAAAUUAUGGUGUCGUACCCGCAAAUAUAGUGAUGAGCAACAACAGCCCAUGAUAAGUUCAGUUGGUCCAUCAAUUGCAAAUGGUCGCACAACACCAUUUACUGGUCCAAAUAAUCAAAGUUUUUCUAAUAGUUUAAUGACAUCCUUAGAUCAAAGAAUGUCUCCAUUAACAAUUGGUGUUAGCGAUCAAAUUCCUAUAGCAGUUGCUUUUCAAGAAACCAUUCACGUUAUGAUGUCGGGCGAUGAUCAAACAAAAUGGAAAAUUCGAAUUCUUGGUGAUAUGCUUGUUUCAUUUCCAGCUGCUAUUUUAAAUCUGCUUGUGAAUCCUUCGCCGAUAUUAAAUAUAUUAGAAUUUCGUUUACAAAAUUUAAAUAAAGUAGAAAACAUUAUUGCAAAUCCUCAAUUAAUUGCAUUAAAUCAAUCAGGAGAAGAAUCAUCUGAUGGACCGACUUAUUCCUUUAAUAUGUCAGCAUUAAGUAAUAUUCUUCGUAAUUUACAAGAAAAAAAUCGUUCAUUGCCUUUCUUUAAUUUUGGUAUACUUAAAUAUGAAGUUAAACACACAGGAGUAUUAAACAUUCCAAUACAAGUAUCAUCACAAUGGACGCGUACAUUUGAUACGAUAUCAGUUAAUAUAAACUAUCGUUUUAAUAGUUCAGCUUUACCAGAAUCAAUUCGAUUAGUGAAUGAUAUUGUUACAUUUUAUACAGUAAUAACAGAUGGUCAACAAAUAAAUCAAUCGGUACCAAUGGCUGAAUGGUCAUCAAACGAACAUAAAUUAUUGUGGAAAGUGCCAUAUAUCUUCGAUGGAUCAGGAACUCUUGCUGCAACUAUAAUGACAAGUCAGUCGACAACAGAUGGUAGCGACAGUGAUCAACAACAAAAGCCAUUAUCAGCAUCAUCAAUUGUACAUGUCCAAUUUCUUGCUGAAAAUGCAUUAUUUUCAUCCAUUAAUUUUGAAUUUGCAUGUCGAGGGUAUCGAGUAUCAUUAUUAAAGAAGAAAAUUUGUAGUGGUAAAUAUCAAUCAGAACCAGAUCAAAGUGAACCAUUACAAUUCUUUAAACGACCAUCACUAGAUCAAAAUCGUAUGCCUUUAUCAACAUCACUUGUCGCCUAA